AUGGACAGUUUGCAGAGCCUAGAGCACAAGGAUGGCCGGACGUAUCGCACAGACCCGCCGGAUGCGCAGUCGACCGGUCGGUUGCAAAAGGAUGCGGUCGGGCCAGAGCAGGGAAUCCGACCGCAAGGUUCGACCCUCGUCGUUCUGUUCCCUUCACGCCUUCUGCCAGCUCAGGACUACAGCGAUGCUCGCCGCAGGCCAGAUGAUGAAUCACUGCGCGCGGAGCGCCAUCGUGUUGGGGCCUUUCCAAAGCUCCAAGGUACUCGGCAAGGUCCGAUCACGCUCCAAGCGCCCGGGUGGCUGGAGGUGGCUUUGUCUCAAAUUAACAUCUUAUCCUCACCGGUAGAAAAGCUCUUCCUUACCCUCCUCCACUUCCCACCUUCACGGUCUUUUCUCCUUGCUACGAUGUCGAAUAGCAGCAGUCCCAGUAUCAGUAAUGCCGCCAGCGCGUCCACGAGCACUUUCACCACUGCCCUCGUGUUCAAUGCCGCCGUGUUCGGUGCUGAGCUCGCGGUCUUCACGCUUGUGCGACCGUAUUUUCCUGCCAUCUACCAACCGCGAACGUCAACUGAUAUAGUCAACAGAAAACGUUCACCCCCCCUCACACAGCACCUUCUUUGGCCAUUAGCUGUCUUCCGUGCAGACUACACCAGAAUCAAGGAUGUCAACGGUCUCGACGCCUACUUCUUCGUCCGCUUCCUGCGCAUGGUCUGUCGGAUACUCUUCCCGGUAUGGGUCGUUACAUGGAUCAUUCUACUUCCUAUCGACGCCAUCGACACGGACGUCCCCGGGAGACACGGGUUGGAUAAACUCAGCUUUGGGAAUGUCGCGCCGAAUAGGCAAGACCGGUACGCCGCGCAUCUCAUUGUGGCUUAUCUCGUGACCUUCUGGGUGUGUUGGAACGUCAAGCACGAGAUGGCCAACUUCAUCAAUACAAGGCAGCGGUGGCUCAUUUCCCCGGGAUAUUCAUACUCUGCACGAGCUAGCACCGUCCUCAUCCGCGGCGUACCCCAACGAUACCUCACCGAACGGGCGUUGAAGGAGCUCUACGACUGCCUCCCCGGUGGCGUCGCCAAAGUCUGGCUGAAUCGCGACUUGAAGGACAUGCCGGACCUAUACAAGCGCCAACUAAAGGCAUGCAACAAGCUCGAAAGCGCGGAGACAUCGCUCUUGCAUACCGCCACGAAGCGCCGGAGCAAGAAGCUCAAGGCGGAGGCAAAGGCUGCAAAGAAGGGCAAGCAGAGCUUGAGCACGGAUGACAGGCCCCUCACAGAUCCUUCGAUCGCCGACACAGAACGUAAUGUUCCCCUUGCCGAGCAGCUUGUUCCCAAGGCGAAGCGUCCUACGCACCGGUUACCACUCAGCUUUCUACCGUUUUCGCUGCCUCUCAUUGGCAAAGAGGUCGACUCGAUCGAAUGGGCGCGUGCCGAGAUUGUAGAGACGUCUGCUGCGCUCCGAGAGCGUCGUAUCGUGCUGGCUAAGGACGUCGCGAUGUCUUCCGCUGACAGCGAGCACCCCGGGCUUCCACCACCGGAGACGAACCAUCCCGACGCUUUGAAGCCGAUCUCUGCGGCCCACGACCAGACCUACCCUCCGCUCAACUCUGCCUUCAUUCUCUUCAAUCGCCAGAUCGCGGCGCAUCUCGCAGCGCAGGCGUUGACACACCACUCUCCGUAUCGCAUCGCUGAUCGGCAGUUCGGUGUCGCCCCCGAGGACGUCAUCUGGGCGAACCUGAAUCUGAACCCGUACGAGGCUCGCAUCCGCAUUGCUGUCUCGUGGGGAAUCACUCUGGGCCUGAUCAUCCUCUGGGCGUUCCCUGUCGCGUUUGUCGGUGCGGUCUCUAACAUUCAUGCGCUGUGCAUGACGUACAAGUGGCUAGCAUGGAUCUGUACUCUCCCCAGUAUCAUUGUCGGUAUCAUCUCGGGUAUCUUGCCUCCAGUCCUGCUGGCAGUGUUGAUGAUGAUGCUGCCCAUCGUCCUGAGGCUGCUCAGCCGUCUGGAAGGCACGCCAACAAGGACCGGUAUCGAACUGAGUCUGAUGACGAGAUACUUUCUGUUCGAGGUGUUGCACUCUUUCCUUAUCGUCACUCUUUCGUCUGGUAUCAUCGCAGCACUCCCGGACCUCGUGAACGAUCCAUCCUCCGUCCCUUCUCUGCUCGCGCAGAACCUGCCCAAGGCAUCCAACUUCUUCCUGUCAUAUAUUAUUCUGCAGGGCCUCUCCGGAUCCGCCUCCGGUUUGUUGCAAGUUGUGUCGCUCGUACUGUACUACUUCAAGCUCUACGUCCUAGGCUCGACGCCGCGCUCGAUCUACAAGAUUAAGUACACGUUGCGCAACGUCUCGUGGGGUACUCUCUGGCCUAGCACGACCUUGCUCGUUGUUAUUACGCUCGCAUACUCGGUCAUUUCGCCCAUUAUCAAUGGCCUUGCGUGGUUAACUUUCUUCCUUUUCUAUCAACUCUGGAAAUACCAGUUCCUCUACCAGCUUGAACAACCCGAGAGCAGCGAGACCGGUGGACUGUUCUUUCCGAAGGCAAUUCAGCACGUCUUCGUGGGGAUGUAUAUCAUGCAGAUCUGCCUUGCUGCGCUCUUCUUCCUCGCUCAAAAUACGCAGAAGCAUCCGAGUGCGAUCCCAGAGGGCGCGCUGAUGGUCGUGCUUAUUGCUUUCACGGCGUUCUUCAAUAUCAUCAUCAACAACUCGUAUAGUCCCCUCGUCCACGCCCUGCCGCUCAGCCUUGCAGACAAGACUGGAGGUUACGAUCUCAACCGAGAAGCCGCGGAACAGGAUCUGCACGACAAUGCUUCAACUGCAGACGGUCACAGCAUCGUCGGCGACGACGAUGUCAAGAAGGAGAGAGCCCCGCAUGCCCCUAUCGACGCCGUCGAAUCCGCGCCGCUAGGCGAGAGCAAAGCCUCCGCGUCGUCCUCGCCAAAUCCUGCUGACGAUCCUGAGUCGAACCCGGAAACGGCCAACCCGCCGGAGGUCAAGCCUGUCGACGAGGACGCGGGCCCGAAGGAAUUCUACCACCCCGCAAGCGUUGAACCGCAGCGGAUCGUAUGGAUCCCGGAGGAUCAGCUCGGCCUCGCAGCGGAGGAGGAGCGCGAGAUUCGCGACGUGGGCAUUCGCGUCAGCACUGAGGGCGCUAUCAUGAACGAGAAGGGGCAUGUCGAUAUUGACAGCCCGCCGCCUGGUGGGGAUGUGAGGGCAUUGUAA